GCUGAGCUGGGGUGGGACGGGGAAGGUAGAGAGAGGCUGCAGAGGAGCACAUCCUGCUGGGUCUGAGCUUUCAGAGGAGCUCGGUGUGCAUGCCGGCAAGGGCACCCUCAGACCUUCUCUUACCUUGAGGGCACUAGCUGAGUGGGUGCUGUAGCUCCGGAGCUGGUGCCCCUGGGACUCACGCCUACCUUCGCCGCAUUCAUCAAUAUGGAAGAUGAUAAUUACUACUAUGCGGCCGACAACCAGUCGGAAUGUGAGUACGAAGACUGGAAGUCCUCUGGGGCCCUCAUCCCUGCCAUCUACCUUCUGGUCUUCCUUCUAGGCACCACGGGCAACGGCCUGGUGCUCUGGACCGUGUUUCGGAGCAGCCGGGAAAAGAGACGCUCAGCUGACAUCUUCAUUGCCAGCCUGGCAGUGGCCGAUCUGACCUUCGUGGUGACUUUGCCGCUGUGGGCCACCUAUACCUACCGGGAGUUUGAUUGGCCCUUUGGAACCUUCUCUUGCAAGCUCAGCAGCUACCUCAUCUUCGUCAAUAUGUACGCCAGUGUCUUCUGCCUCACCGGCCUCAGCUUUGACCGAUACCUGGCUAUAGUCAGACCAGUGGCGAACGCUCGGCUUAGGCUGAGGGUCAGCGGCGCUGUGGCCACAGCCGUCCUGUGGGUGCUGGCUGCCCUUCUGGCUGUACCUGUAAUGGUGUUCCGUUCCACUGCUAAUACAGAAAACGGCACCAAGGUCCAGUGCUACAUGGACUACUCCAUGGUGGCUACCUCAAGCUCAGAGUGGGCCUGGGAGGUGGGCCUGGGGGUGUCCUCCACUGCUGUCGGCUUCGUGGUACCCUUUACCAUCAUGCUGACAUGUUACUUCUUCAUUGCCCAAACCAUUGCGGGCCAUUUCCGGAAGGAGCGCAUUGAGGGCCUGCGGAAGCGACGCCGGCUGCUCACCAUCAUCGUGGUGUUGGUGGUGACCUUUGCCCUGUGCUGGAUGCCUUACCACCUGGUGAAGACGCUCUACAUGCUGGGGAAUUUGCUGCACUGGCCCUGUGACUUUGACAGCUUCCUCAUGAACGUCUUUCCCUAUUGCACCUGUAUCAGCUACGUCAACAGCUGCCUCAACCCCUUUCUCUACGCAUUUUUUGACCCUCGGUUCCGCCAAGCCUGCACGUCUAUGCUCUGCUGCGACCAGAGCAGGUGCAAAGGCAGCCCUCACAGCAGCAGCGGGGAGAAGUCAGCCAGUUAUUCUUCUGGGCACAGCCAGGGCCCUGGCCCCAACAUGGGAAAGGGAGGAGAGCAGAUGCAUGAGAAAUCCAUUCCCUAUAGUCAAGAGACCCUGGUGGACUAGGGCUGGGGCCAGAGAGAAGUCUGCUGCCUUGGGUCUGACCCAAACGUUACCCUCACGCUCUGAGAACCAAGUACCAUGGUUGCACCUUCUCCCUGACUGACCCCUGGCUCCAUUCCCUGCUUCCCGGCUCCAAGCUCUUGUCUUGCCGACUUUUCCUCAGAUGUUUGUGGUUUAGAAGGAAGAGAUGGAGCCUUGCAAACAGACUCUUGCUCAGCUGAUCAGUAUUCCCAAGGCUUGCACAAGUCUCCCGUCCUCUCUAAGACUCAGUUUUUUUGUUUGUUUGUAUUAAAUGGGGGAAAGUUAUAUGGACCCUAAAACUUUGAAGUAUGAAUUUUGACUAAACGUGUUUCCUUCUGCUCUUUCCUCAGCCCUGUAGCCUCCCUUUCCCCUCUUUCCCUUUUUGUUUUCUGUGCUGCAGAAACUUUCACUGUUUAAUUACCCGCUCUCUCUAGUGGAUUUCUCCUCCCUCAGUCUGUCCUUCACCUGCCUAUACCCCCACACCUCUUCUCCUGCUGGACUCCUAAGGGUUAAAAACGCUGAAGCAUGAAGGAUAACCCUUUGAGUUCUUAUGUUUUUUUUGUUUGUUUGUUUUUGUUUUUUGUUUUGUUUUGAGAGCCAGCAGGGCAGGCGGGUUGUGGGUAGGCAAAGAAUUAAUGCUUCAGUCCCCAGAGCCAGGAGUUCCGGAUUGUUCCAAAAGUUGGAUGAGUUCGCUGUUGGUCCAGACACCGGGGCUAGACUGACUUUUGAAUAGAGAUUUCUCUUUGGCAGAAUCUCUGUGUUGCUUAGUAGAUAAUGUAUCCUACCAACAAGCCAGCGUCCUUUCCUGCUUGUUUAUAACUGACUGCGAGAAUCACAAGGCCACAGCACCUAGGAAGCUGUGGACCAUCCCGUCCCCGUGAACGGGAGCUGGGAAGGGGAAACACAGAGAGAGGAGAGUUGGAGGGGAAUCUGUAUUUAGUCUGUUUGCUGCUUGGCUCCCCUCCCCCAUCCUCCCCCAUCCAUCUCCUACAGAACUGUGAACAGUAGAGGAGAUCUUUCUCCUGGCUCCUUCCUCAUGCCACCAUCUCCUGGACGUUUUUCAUAGGUGUUGGUGCUACUUGGCCCCAAGAAUCAUUUGGUUGAGUAAGGCUGUUUGCUUUUUGUCUAUGUGGGCAUAUAUAAAUGAGUGUGCGUGCACACACACACAUACACAUCAUAUAAACUUAGAUGAACCCUCACUCACUUUCCCCUGCAUAUCUGCAGGUCUUGCAGUCCACUUGGGGAAGAAUGGACAUAGGGAGGAAAUGUACACUAGGUAUAAGUCUACCCCCACUGGAUUUGGGGAACUCUGACGGCUGGUCCGUAUUUAGGAAAGAAGUCUGUGUUUGUGCUAGGCUUUCUUCGGGAGGGAGCUAUUUCCUCAGUCGCAUCUGGUGCUAAGGCUGGAGAAGCCCAGAGCUUGGCCCCACUUCCUCCCCAGUUCCACAGUGGGAAGGAGAGACUUAGAGACUAGAGCACAGCUUUCGAGUUAUUCCUUGCUGCUCUCACUUUCUUCAGGGUAUGUGGUCACACUUUCUUGCCACAGGAUGAAAGAUACAGGGUGAGCUUUUGUUCUCCUUCCUAACAGGACCGAGCCUCUUGGCUUAUCCUGUGGAAUGGGGGAGGGUAAGGUAGGUGAAGAUUGAGUGGAGCAGCAGACCCCCACGUCUCAAGGACAAGAUUCAUAGAGGGGCCUUUGUGCGUUGGAAAUGGGUGUGUGUAUUCCGGGUUUUGUUCUUGGAGGGCUCUGGAAACGAAGGAGAAGACAUGUGCCAUGGAAACAGGAAGAGCCUGGCUUGAUGCAGGUGGACCAUCUCUGGCACAGAUCCUACUCCUGGAGCAGGAGGCUGGGGGUUGGGGUGGGGGAGAAAACAGCUCCUCUCAGCGGAGUAUCUGCACGCCUCAGGCCAGAAACUUUCACACAGCCACUUUCUCUGGCCAGGGCCACCCUCAGAGCAGCCAGGACAGGCACAGGCCAGGCAGGAAACUCAACCAUGGCAUGGGACAGAUAGCAGCGGAGGCUGCCUCUUUCCCCUACCUCCACCCUUCUUCAGAAUGUGCUUUGUUCUGAUCUUGUUAGCCACUGUGGUUCAUCAAAUAAAACUGU